AUGAAGCCCUCUACUCUCAUCGGCACCUCUGCCGCCAUCACUGGAGCUGUCGCCAUUUCUGGCAACUCUUCGAUUACUUCUUCACUUGCCUCUCCCACAGGCGGCUCCAACUCUUCCGCCUACCCUCCCAUGUCUGAACAGAGUAAGAAGGAGAUUUAUGCUCUCCUCCACAGUCAGGACCGUCUCAUGAUCAGCCUCGGCAACACUGGCAACUGUGACACCGCGUCUUUCGGUCCCGAAGAGCGUCUGUUCUACAACGCCUGUUACGCAUAUCCUCAGAUCAUCAGCACCCGUGCCAGACACAUUCCCGACGUCAGAAUCAGCGAUAUGGACGAUACUUGUGUUCUGGCUGCCUUCGAAGGCAAUGACUGCACUGAGGGAGGCACCAUCAUCGCCGAGCUUGAGCAAGUUGAGGACCCUCGCGAUCCAGACGACAACACAGCCGUCUGUGUCUACGAUGGCAAGCUCAUUGACGACGAUGGCGAUAACUUCGGGGCUCUCAAGUGGGUCUGUGGCCCUGGCAUCGAGAAAGACUGGGAGAACCCUCGCAACAUCAGCAUCCAAUAUCGCGACCCAGACUCAGACUCCGACGACGACACUCAGUCGAUCUUCGCCAGAUCUGUGGACGCCGAACUCUCCCGCGACCACGUCACUGUCGCCCCUGCCGAUGGUCCCAACUGCAACAGCGCCCAGCACCGCGACACUGACACCAAGGUUCAGGGUCACUGCCACUCGUUCGACAAGCCUUUCUCUUCGCUCUCAGCCACCAUCAAGCGUGCAGGCCACAGCAAAGUCGGAGGCUCUGAGCCAUGCUCUGUUCUUGUCUUCAGCGACAACAAGUGCAAGAAGGACGGUGCUGAAAUUGUCGACCUCAACAACACUGGUGCUCUCGGUGUCUGCCACAACGUCUCUCUUCAUCACGGCAACGACGCUGUCACUCCCAUCGCUGGUCACUCUUGGAAGUGGGUCUGCGGUCGCCAGAAGAUCAAGGACUGCCUCAGUGGACCUGCCGACUCUGACACCGACACCGACACCGAUGAUGAGACUACCACCACUGUCAAGAAGGGCAAGACCCUCACUGUCACCGCCACUACCAGUUUGGCUUGCUCUUUGACCACCGAGGCCGCCCACUCUGUCGACGUUGUCACCAGCGUCAUCACCCACAAGCCUGUCACUCAUACCCUCACCAGCGUCUUCACCAAGACUCAGCUUCGUGUUCGCACUAAGCUUAUCACCAGUGUUGCCACCGCUGUCUCCACUGUUCGCCACACGUUGACUAAGCCUUUCAGCACCACCUACAAGGUCUGCGACGCUGAGGCUUCUUCUCAGGCUUGA